AUGCCCAAAGGCAGCAAAUCGAAAAAGGGUAUUGAGAACACAUCAUCCGAUGUAACGAUCAACAGCUCCGAUUCAAUUUCGUUUAAUAAAAGGAAAAAUGCGUCGAUUAAGCACCAAUUAAUUGCGUUAAACAAAACAUUGUCGUCGCAUCGUCUUGGUGAACUUGAUGAAGCUGAAAUUUCUGUCCACAUGGAGUACGUCGAAAGCAUUCACGACCACUUUGACCACGUGCAUUCUAUUCUCGAAGAAGCUGAUCCACGCGAACUAGAUGGAGUAGGCCGAGCAGAAUUUUUUGACGUGUACCUAGAAGUCAAAGCAAAGCUGUCGCGUGAGCUCAAUUUGCAUCGGAAGACAAACGCAAGGCAUUCAUCGACUGCUAGGCAUUUCGCAUUGGAAGAAUCGCCGACAACGUUAUUCUCGUCGCAAAGAAAGUCUCGCCUUCCUGAGCUGAAAAUACCGAAAUUUAGUGGAGCGUACAUUGAUUGGCCUAAUUUUUUUGCCAUGUUCAGCAGCGUUAUUGACAAGGACCUCGAUUUAAGCAAAGUGGAGAAACUCCAACAUUUACGCGCUAGUCUACAAGGAGCCGCUUUGGAAAAAAUUUGCUCACUAGAACCGGUUGAGGAGAAUUAUGAAAAGGCCCUAUUAAAAAAUCGAUUUGAUAACAAAUUACUUAUUUUUCAGGCUCACAUUAGGGUGAUUAUCGAGUUGAAGAGUGUUGAUAAAGGUUAA